AUGUCGCUAUGACGUCUGUUGUCGGCUGCGGGGUCCCUCGGCCUACUUCGGCCAUCCUCUUCCCUCCUCGACAGUACAUCCUUCUACAUCCCUUCACUCAUAACACUCUCCUCAUUUGAGUUAAUAUCAUCUCCAAUCCAUUCUAUCCAUAAAAAUUCGUGCAUUGCUCGUCCUCAUCCUCGUCUGCGACUAUGGCUGGUGUUAGCAAGGCUUGUUGCUCUAUCCCCCCCGUUGUCUCCAAGGGAUACCAGGAGAAAGGGGAGUAUAAGACCAUUGGCGGUCUGAAGACGUACGUCACUGGUCCGGCGGAUGCGACGCGUGCUAUUCUGGUUAUAUACGACAUCUUCGGCUACUGGCCGCAAACCCUCCAAGGCGCCGAUAUUCUAGCCACGUCGGACCCAGACCAGAAAUACCGCGUGUUCAUCCCAGACUUCUUCGAGGGCGAACCUGCCGAUAUUUCGUGGUAUCCUCCCACCACGGACGAGCACAAGCAGAAACUCGGCAACUUCUUCGCCACCAAAGCCGGGCCCCCAGCAACACUCUCCAAGAUCCCAGGUGUGGUCGCCGACGCCAACAAGACGGCCACCACGGGCGGCGGAUACAGCGCAUGGGGCAUUUUAGGCUACUGCUGGGGCGGCAAAGUCGCAAAUCUGACGCUGGGCAAGGAGAACAGCGUAUUCAAGGCUGGUGCGCAGGCCCAUCCGGCCAUGCUCGACCCGGCCGAUGCGAAGAAUGUGCAUGUGCCCAUCGCGCUACUAGCGUCCAAGGACGAGGAUCCCGAGGCGGUCAAAGGGUAUGAGCAGAACCUAACCGUUGCGAAGCUUGUCGAGACUUUCCCAACUCAGAUCCAUGGCUGGAUGGCGGCGCGCGCGAAUCUCGAUGAUCCUGAGGUGCGCAAGGAGUACGAGCGUGGAUAUAAAACGGUCUUGGACUUUUUCCAUCAGCACUUGUAGGCUUGCAAUUUUUUUUCCCGAUGUGAAUGGUGUUGAUGUGACGUGAUUAGAAACGAGAAAAGUCGGCCGAGUCUGUGACCUAGCUUUACCCAUUAGUUACAAUUAUCAUUAUUCCGUAAAUAUGCUAUGCAAUCAUAUUCACAUU